UCGUCAGACUGAAUCCCAGCGGGGCAGGAAAUUCAAGAGAAGUUCCUCUAAAGCUCAUCGCUUCCUUUUGGUUUCGAGUCCGACGCGCACGCGCGCACGCGGCCGCGCCGGCGUGUCUUAGGCCUCUUGUGCACCGUGUGCGGUUGUUGGCGUGCGCGUGUGUGGGAGACCCCUCACCUUGUCCUUCUGUGAACUUUGGUGAUUUAAAGGAAAUUGUCAACCACAUUUUCACACUGAAAUCAUCACUUUGUGUGCGCGCGCGAGCGAGCGCAUCUCAUCUUUUAAAUGCGAGACCUCGCCGACAAGUCGACACUUUGGCACCUCGACAUCACUGCCGGCACCAAGUCGAGGCCCGGCUCGAGAAUCGGACCUGCGAUGCACACAAACGCGAGAGCCCGGUUGAGAACGUUUGCCAUGGCGAGGGCCGUGCUUGGAGUCUGCGCCUACUUGUGUCUAUGUCCAGUCGGGACCUCUCAUGUGCCCCUGAGGAUGAACAGAACCAUUCAGAAUCUACUGCAGCUUUAUAAAAUCCCACCCAAAGAACGUUUUAACGGCCAUCCCGUCUUCUCCAGAGAACUCCUGAGCACCAAAAUGGAGGCCAAGGGCAUGCUGAUGUCGGCGGUGCUGCAGACGUACGAGGAGCUGCUGGGGCGCAUGCUGAAGCGGCUGCCGAGCCCCACGGCGGCCGCGCCCGCCGCCACCUCCGCGCCCGAAACCGGCGGCGACGCCCGAGUCGGACUCGACUACCUGCUGAGGCGCGUGCGGGAUCUGAGGAAGUACCGAUAUCAGGAGCAGGACAAACUUCUCGACGGCCUACACAAGCUCCAACACGUGCAGAUGGACGACCUGGUGGUCCAGAGCAAAGCAUUGUGGGAGCUGCCCUGGCUGUACGAGGAGGCCAGCUCGUUGGCCGAGAGGGUCCGGGCGAGAACGUCGCGGCGCCGGCGCCGGCGCCACGCGCGCAGCAGACCUUGAGCUGAAGGGAUUCGUUUUCAUCCGCUCACAUUUGACUUGUAUUUAUUACGACGCUCUCCACAAACACAUUUAGGGCUCCUGGAUAUUUAUGAUGCUAUUUAAGAUUUAUUUGUGAUUAUUUAUGAGCUAUUUAUUGAUUGGGAUGGAAUAA